AAAUAUUUUCCAUCAUACCAAACACACCCUGAGUUAAUUCAAGAGCCAAAUAUAACAUCGGACCCCACUGGACCGUCGGCUUGAGAACCGAAUAGCAAGUCCGGUUUAAUCCCGGUUCAUUUUUCAAAAGAAAUUUAGUCCGUGCCGCCGUCACGCCGCCGGCUUCUGGCUUCUCUUUUGAUCGGUGAAAUGUGAUGUUUAGCGGUAGAAGAAUUUUGGUCCGUCUUUCCAGACGAUCUACAAUCCGAACACUUUGCAGUAACCACAAGGCAAUUACCAGCUGUAGCAACAACGGCAAGGUUAGUAGUAAUAGUAACAAGGAAGUUGAAAACGCCGUAGCUUUAAGUCGGAAGGAUGCGUACAAGCAACUGGAGACCCUUGACUUUAUGACUGCUGCCAAAAUGCUUUUUACGGAGCCACCGAAGAAGAAGAAAUUCGGGCUUGAUUUUCAUCUGGUACAGUUCUUCUCUGCUUGCUUGCCUUCACUGGCUGUUUAUUUGGUGGCUCAGUAUGCUCGUUAUGAAAUCAGAAGAAUGGAGGCGGAAGCUGAAUUGAAAAAGAAAGCUGAUGAAGAUGCAAAAGCAAAAGAGCUGGAAUUGAUGGCUGAGCAGGAAAAACAAGAAGCGACUGAUCCACAACUUUCCGAGGUGAAAGCUAGACUGGAUAAGUUGGAGGAGACCUUGAAAGAAAUUAUGGUUGAGACCAAAAAACAAUCAGACAAUGUUGCAGAUAGACCAAUCGACAAAGCUAGCAAGAAAGAACCUGCAACAACCAAGCCAGGGUCUCUUAACACUCAGGACAAGGCAAAUCCCUCCAGUGAAGGGAAGACUCAAGCAAAAUCAUCUUUGCCUGAUCAAAAGCAGAUAAAAAGUGAUGGUUCCUCACCUGACGUGAACAAAUGAUACCAGUAGCAUAUAUUAUUUCGCGCAGUCAAGCCUUUUGAAGAGUACAAGUGCAUAGUUUUGCAGAAUAGGAAAAGCCACUGCUUUGAAGAGCUGACGCUUCAUUAUUAAUAUAUUUCAAAUCGAUGCGUAUCAGAAGAUAAAUUGGGAGAUCUAACAUUUGUAGGAAUGCUUGCUGCCAUGUUCUUGCAGGUUUCCUAAGCUGAAAAGCUAAUUUUGGAGCAUCAGACGUUUGGCAGUAGCAUUUUGUUAUUGAUAAAUGGUUAGCCAAAUCAAAAGGCUCCUGAGUAAUUUUGCUUGCCAAAUACGCGCCUGAGUAAAAUUUGUCUU